AUGUUAAAUAUGGAAAGUGCGGGUGCGAGUGCGAGUGCGACAAUUGCUGGUCUGAGCAAAUCUCUAACUACGCCGUUCUCCAUCAAUGAUAUCUUGACCAGGACUUCGGGUCGUCGCAUGUCCAGCGUGGAUCUGGACUGUGACACGGAGCUCAGUGCGAAGCAUAUGGAAAGAUCGGGCUCGAAAUCGCCGGCGCUUUGUUGUCGCGAUCUCAGCUUGUACAAGCUGGAGAACAGGGCCAAUCCUGGCCAGCAAUCGAGCUAUUUGCAGUAUUAUGCGGCAGCUGCUGCCUUGGAUAACAACAAUCAGGCGUCCACCUCCUCCAACUCCAACUGCAACUCCGCCUCCAACUCCGCUUCCAGCUUAACCGCUGACUACAUGCAACGCAAAUUGGGCUACUUUGGCGCCGCUUUGUCCGCCGCAGCGGUUCCACUCGACAUGCGACGCUGCAACGCCAGCAAUGACUCCGAUUGCGAUUCCCCACCGCCGCUGAGCAGCUCCCCCUCCUCGUGCACCGCGGGUGUCUACGGACGCAACACCUCGCCGCUCUCCCACGACGACAGCUUGAGUGGAUCCGCUCUGAGUCGCAAGAAGCGCUCCCGUGCCGCCUUUAGCCACGCCCAGGUCUUUGAGCUGGAGCGCCGCUUUGCCCAGCAGCGUUAUCUGUCGGGUCCGGAGCGCAGUGAGAUGGCCAAAACGCUGCGUUUGACGGAGACACAGGUGAAGAUCUGGUUCCAGAACCGUCGCUACAAGACCAAACGAAAGCAGAUCCAGCAACAUGAGGCAGCUCUGCUGAGUGCCACGAAACGUGUGCCUGUCCAGGUGCUGGUCCGGGAAGAUGGCACCACCGCCUAUGCGCACAUGACACCCGGCGGAGCAACUGCAGCCGCUUAUCCACAUGGUCUGGAUCCGGCGCUACUCAACAUCUACCGACAUCAGCUGCAGUUGGCCUAUGGAGGAUUGCCGUUGCCGCAGAUGCACUUUCCCUACUUCUAUCCGCAUCCCAAGGUGCCGCAGCCAAUUCCACCGCCCGCUCAACAGGCUCCACUCUCCGCCAGCUUUGUCACCGGCUCAUCGGCAUCCUCAUCCUCAUCGCCAGCACGCAAUCAACGCAGUCCCUGUCCAAGUCCAACUCCGGCUCAAGUCAUGAGCGUCGAGAGCGGCGCAGAGAGCAAUCAUUCCGCCGUAGAGGAUUGUGACGAGAAUGUGGAAAUCGAUUAGACCUCAGAUUAUUCAAGGGAUUCGGGAGUUUGUGAUAGCAUUAAAGAAAGGUUCUUAGUAUUUAUGUGUUGUCCAUUGAAGGCAGUUGGAAGUUGGGAUCGAUUCCUGGCUUAUAGCUUUAGUAGCUCUAAGUUUUAGUUAAACGAGUAUGUAAACGUAUGUUAAUAUCUCAAUUUAAAUAAAUGAUAUUAUGAAAUUAAA